UAUACAUAGUCCUGAAUACACAAAGGAAAGCUUCCUAUCCAAAAUUGCUUCUCUCCAUUAGCCUUUCGUGGUUCGUGUUGGACCCGCCACUCCUGCAGCCCACUUGAAUUUAGUGGGCUCCAUCGCACUAUCUCGAUAGCUGGAAGCGCGACAUGUUUCGUACAUUCACCCCCUUGUUCAGAAAGACCCCAAAGUUCAUCUUCUUCCCUCAAAACUCAGCAGUCUGCCGCCUCAGUCGGUGUAAGGAAGAGAGAAAUAUUGCUUAAGAGCUAUUUUCUCACCUCACUUCGUCCUGUUCCAGGGUUUGUCCUAUUAAAGGUGCUUUCCAUCAACGGUGAACGAUCUACUUCAGGAGAUGGAUUCCGCCAAAACAUAUCCAUCCACUGUCUGCCACGUGGUGGCGAUACCCUAUCCCGGUCGAGGCCACAUCAACGCCAUGAUGAACCUCUGCAAGCUCCUAGCUUUGAAAAGGCCCCAACACAUUCUCCUCACCUUCGUAGUCACCGAAGAGUGGCUCGGCUUCAUCGGCUCAGACCCUAAGCCGGCUAACAUACGCUUCGCCACCGUACCCAACGUCAUACCUUCCGAGCUGGGUCGUGCCAAAGACUGGCUCGCCUUCGUGGAAGCCGUAACCACGAAGAUGGAAGCGCCCUAUGAGGAACUCCUGGACCGGCUUGAGCCGCCGGUGACAGCCAUCGUGGCUGAUACUUAUGUGGGUUGGGCUAUCGGAGUUGGGAACCGGAGGAAUAUUCCGGUGGCAUCGCUAUGGCCCAUGCCAGCGACGGUGUUCUCUGUGUUUCACCAUUUUGAGCUUCUCGUGCAGCACGGCCAUUUCCCGAUUGAAAUGUCAGAACGCGGAGAUGAGCUUGUGGACUACAUUCCAGGGGUGUCUGCUAUGCGUAUUGUAGAUCUUCCCACCUUUAUGCAUGGUGAUGGGCGAGGAGUCUUGCACCGAGUCUUGGAAUAUGUUUCAGUAGUGUCUAAAGCGCAGUAUCUUCUAUUCAAUUCCGUCCAGGAGCUUGAAGCCGAAGUCAUUGACACUUUAAAAGCAGAACUUCCUUUUCCGGUGUACUCUAUUGGCCCUGCCAUACCUUAUUUUGAACUUCAAAAGAAUUCUUCUGUAACAGAUGAUCACAUUCAUGGUGUCAACUAUUUUCGGUGGCUAGAUUGUCAACCUUCAGGCUCUGUCUUGUAUGUUUCAUUAGGAAGCUUUCUUUCGGUUUCAAGUGCCCAAAUGAAUGAAAUUGCAAGUGGGCUAGGAGAUAGUGGUGUUAGGUACUUGUGGGUGUUACGCAAGGAAAAUGACCCGCUUAGAGAUGCUUGUGCCGGUGAUAUGGGUUUAGUGGUGCCUUGGUGCGACCAGUUGAAGGUGUUGUGCCACCCCUCAAUAGGAGGGUUUUGGACACAUUGUGGAUGGAAUUCCGUAUUGGAGGCUACUUUUGCUGGUGUUCCUAUGCUUACUUUCCCUAUAUUUUGGGAUCAAAUCCCAAUCAGUAAAUGGAUUGUGGAGGACCGGAAGGUUGGAUGGAGGGUUAAAAAAGAUGUGGGAUUUAAGAAUUUAGUGACAAGGGAAGAAAUAUCAAAGCUUGUGAAAAGGUUUAUGGAUCAAAAGAGCAAUGAAGGGAAUGAAAUGAGGAAAAGAGCAAAAGAACUUCAAGAGGUUUGCCGAGGCGCAAUUGUUGACGGUGGGUCAUCUGAAACAAAUCUUGAUGCUUUUAUUAAAGAUAUUUCAAAAGGCCAUGAUCAUUAAGUAGAUUGUUACAUGUUAUUUUUCAAUGAUGAUUUAAUUUAUAGCGUAUGACUGAUGAUUUCAAGAAGUUCAUGUGAAUUUGGAACACUUUAACCGCAUAUAUGAAUGGAACACCAUUUUCACUGGUUU